ACUCGUUUUUGAGCAAAACAGCUGCAGCCCACUUUUUGAAGCAGAAUAGGUCGAUGCCAACCUAAUAGUCAUUUGCAAUAUUAAAUGGAAGCAUCGCUUGCUGUCAUUUGCGCUGCGACGCCAACUUUCCAGCGUUGACGUCAGGUGUCACACCUCCUCAUCCCGCUCCGGAGCAGGAGCGCGUCCGCUGAGGUGCGCACUCGGCGCGCGUCUCGGCCCGCACGGACACUGCGGUGGUGCGGGCUCCGGUGCCGUCGCUGCGGCUGCUCGCUCCCGACGCCACGUCCCGCUGCAGACUUUGCCGUUGCCGGCGGACAGCAGCGAACCGAGCCAUGGCCGAGUCCAACCCGCUGCGGGGGUUCCCCCGUCUGCGGCGGGCCGCGACCUCGUUUCCAGGCAACCUCCACCUGGUCCUGGUGCUCCGGCCCAGCAGCUUGUUGAGCUCAGCCCCCAGCCCGUCCUCGAGCACCGACCUGGGCUUCCGCUUCAGCCAGGACGACUUCCUGUUGAAGAUGCCGGUGGUGAUGCUGCGCUCCGUUGGAGACCUCCUGCGCUACAUUGAUGAGAACCACCUGGCGUCAGACUUCACCGCUAAGGUCGAGUACUGUCAGAGCGACUGGAUCGUCCUCCGCACGUCCAUCGAGACCUUCGCGGUGACGGUGAAGGAAAUCGCCCAGCUGCUGCAGGGCUUCGGGUCGGAGCUGUCCGACAGCGAGCUCCCCGACGAAGCCAACGCCGUGGACUUCCUGCUGCGCUCACACACUCAGCGCUACCGGCAGAUGAAGGACGACAUUCGGAGCGUGCUGAAGGAGGGACGCCUGCUUUUGUCCAACCUGGAGACGGUCAAAGCCUCCAAGAGAGACGCGGAGGAGGAGAGGGAGAUACAAGUGGACAUGGAGACGGUCCAGAGGCUCCUGGCUCAGCUCAGAGACAUGGAGGAGGCGUUCGACGGCUUCUUCGACAAACACCACCUGAAGCUGCAGCAGUACCUCCAGCUGCUGCGCUAUGAGAUCAGCUUCCAAGAGAUGGACGAGGUGCUGGAGCAGCUGUCUGCGCAGGAGAGAGGCCUCGCCUGCGUGGGAGCCACCGUCGUCCAAACCGAGCAGCUGCUGAAAGACCUGGAGACCCUCGACAAACGCGCUCAGGAGGAGAUGGCCCGGGCCCAGGUCGUGAUCCUGCACGGCCACCAGCUGGCCGCCAACCACCACUACGCGCUGGCGCUCAUCAUCCAGCGCUGCAACGAGCUGCGGCACCUGUGCGACGUCCUCACCGGCGCCAUCCGCUCCAAACGGGCCUCGCUCGCCCGGGCGAGAGACCUGCUGCACCGCCUGGAGGAGGCCCUCCGAUGGUGUGACGAUGGAGCCUACCUGCUGGCCAGUCAGAUGGUGGAUAAGUUCCAAACCAGGGAGGGAGCACAGGAAGCGCUGCAGUACCUGGACUGUCACCAGAAGAGGGCGCCGUCCGCCCUGAGAACCAGCCAGGACACGCUGAGCCUGGAGUUCGAGGCCAUACUCACCCCACAGCUGCAGUCCCAGAUUUCUAUGGUGACGGAGAAGCUGAACUCCAUGCAGGCCAUGAUCAGGAACAGGGAGCAGUGUCUGAGGAAGCUGGCCGACGUACAGGUCCGACCCAUUCAGCCGGUGGCCCCCAGACCCGAACCCGAUCAGACCCUGCAGCGCUGCAAGUCCCCCCUCUUCUCCCCGAAGCACGUGGACUUUAACGUCCUGAACUCCAAGUUCUCCUUCGACCUGCUGCCCGGCAAGCGAGCCUCGAGGAGGAACAGCAGCCAGCCCAAGAUCGAGGUGAUGCACGAUUACCACGGCAACCGCAGCUGCCUCUACGGCCCCAGCCCCGACACCGACUCGGAGGCAGAAGACAGUCCGGAGCAAGUGACCCGCCAUGUCAUGAAGGAACUGAUCGCGACAGAGAGGAUCUAUGUGGACGAGCUGCUCUCUGUCCUUCUGGGCUACCGAGCGGAAAUGGAGGAGCCCUCCCUGUGUUCCCUGCUCCCCUCAGCUCUGUGCAGCCAGAAGGACGUUCUGUUCGGCAACAUGCCAGAGAUUUACCAGUUCCACAGCAGGAUCUUCCUCCAAGACCUGCAAGGUUGCCUGGAGACGCCAGAGAUGGCGGGGGCUUGUUUCCUGCAGCGGAAGGAGAAGUUUAAGGUGUACGAGCGUUACUGCCAGAACAAGCCUCGCUCUGAUCUGCUGUGGAGACAAUGCUCGGACUCCUCCUUCUUCCAGGAGUGCCAGAAGAAGCUGGACCACAAGCUGGGUCUGGACUCGUACCUCCUGAAACCAGUCCAGCGCCUCACCAAAUACCAGCUGCUACUCAAGGAGCUGCUGAAGCACUGCACGGAGCAGCGGUACCGCCGUGAGCUGCAGGAGGCCCUGGACGCCAUGCUGGAGCUGCUCAAGUCUGUCAACGACUCCAUGCACCAGAUCGCCAUCACCGGGUAUCAGGGUGACCUCGGGCAGCUGGGCCGGGUGCUGAUGCAGGGCGGCUUCGGCGUGUGGAUCAGCCACAAGCGGCCGGCGGUGCGGAUGAAGGAGCUGCCGCGCUUCAAGGCCAUGCAGAGGCACCUCUUCCUGUACGAGCGCGCCCUGCUCUUCUGCAAGCGCAGGGACGAGGACAGCCACGACCGGACGCCCUUCUACAGCUUCAAGUCCUGCCUCAGGAUGAGCGCUGUGGGAAUCACAGAAAACGUGAAGGGGGAUGUGAAGAAAUUUGAAAUCUGGCAGAGUGGCAGAGAGGUGGUGUACAUAGUGCAGGCUCCAACGGUGGAGGUCAAGGUCGCCUGGCUGGCAGAGAUUCAAAAGAUCCUCACCAACCAAGAGAAACCAGGCCAAGGUGAAACUCCUCCUCUUCCUCACUCAGACAGCCUCAUCUCCGACAGUGCAUCAGAGGUGUGUGUGUCGUGGGGCGGAGCGUCGGUGGGAGGCUGCUCAGCGUGUCUCCCUGUUCCUCACAGCUCCACGGCAACAAGCCACUCCCACCGGCCGCGGGGGGAGGGGUCCGUUCACAGCAGCCCCGCCCACUCAGACCCCGUGGUUCAGUCGCCCCGCCGCAGUUGGCCCGAUCCGGCCCACUCAGUGGCGAUUUGCGAAGGCCUAGAAGACUGGGGUGCUACAGACCUUUCCAACAUAUCUGACUCAGACGAGGACGAUCAGCCUGGACCACUGGUGGCCGGCAGGUACAGAGUCAUGGUGGAAAGCAGCAUGGCCAGCAGCGACGACGUCAUUUUCAACUGUGGCGACGUCAUCCAGCUGCUUCACGAGGACCCAUCUGGAAUGUGGACGGUGAGGAACGUAAGUCGCGGGGAGGAGGGACGGGUCCUGCCUGAAGACCUUCACAGGAUCCUGGGGGAGACGUGCUGACAGCCAAUCACAGCACAGGACACACGGCACCUGAGUUCUCCUUCUUCCUUGUUUGCCUCAUUCUCCUACUGUCUGUAAAUACUGUACGUUUCCACACACAUGCAGUACGACUGUACGUCCACCAGCUUCAAGGCCAGAACUCUGUCAAGACUGGAGCGAAUCAUCAGCCACAUGCUUUACUCUGCUACUCACUGGGAUGCUCCUCAUCUCAGGGACUGAGACAGAGCAAAGCACACCAAGGAACCUCACAAUACUGGAGCCAUGUUGCCAUGUGUUUGUAUUUCUUUCAAGCAUUGAUUCAGUAGAUCUGGACUCAGGAUGUUGAACAGCGGCACAUUGAACGCAGACUUCAGGUUUUCUGGCUUCUAAUUUCUUAUGAACCUUUGUAUCAUUUCUGUUCAUGUGCCAAAGCGCUCAGCUAAUCCUCCCGGCUCCUCCGUCGUACAGUAACACUGCCCCUGAUGUGACGUAGCUGCACCGUGUGCCGUUUCCCCUCCAUGACCAGAUGCAUCACAGCUGAUGGCAGCGGGGUGCAGCGCAGGGAGACUGACGAUUGUUGUCGCACAGCCGCUCUAGAGAGCUUUGCACAUAUUUCUAAGGUGACGUGACUGGUUUGCCUGUUUAUUCUUUACUUUUGCUGCUGCCAUGAUGAUCGCUGCUUAGACAAAUCCCAGCAUGCGUCCGCUGCUUUUUUCUGCCUUUCUUUGAUCUUUUGCACCAACAGGGAAACUGUACUCGGUGUUGGGUGGUAGCUAGUUAAUUAAAGUAGUCUCGAACUUACAUUAUAUUGCUAGCUGAACUACAGUGCUAAAAUUUCAUGUGUGGGUGGUUAUAAAAACACUGCCACUGGUGUGUGUCGACCUGUUUUGGGGGUUGAUGUACAGUAUUAAACAGUGAACAGCUUUGGUUCUGAGACGCUCAUUUGGGCCGCUUGGUACCUACAAUACAGCAGCAUCUGUUGAUCCCAAACAGCUGUGUGGCUCUACUGAACUAUAAGCUCAGUGUAUACAGUGAUGUCCACUAGCUACUGUAACAUUAGCGUGAUUGGCAGUGACUAUAGAUCAAUAAGACUCAUCUUUUCCACAAUAUCUGUAACUGGUGUUUGCUGCUUCUUUGCACUUCUUUAAUAUUUGGAAUCAUUGUGAAAGCUUGUAUUAUAUCGCACAGGAUUAUUUUCCCAAAUAAAAGCACAGGAUUCUUCGACCUUCA